CCGGAAGAAGGUGUUGCCCUGAGUUGGGAGUUGGCUGGAUCAGGAAGCGGCGGGGACCAGAACACUCACUCAGAACACUCAGAACACUCAGAACACUCAGAACACUCAGAACACUCAGAACACUCAGAACACUCAGAACACUCAGAACCAGAGACAGAGACCAGAGUCUGUGAGCCGGUUCAGACAGUUUAUAAAACUUUAUUGAGUUUAUAAAGUGAGACAGCAGCUCCGCUCCGUUAGCCGCUAACAGCUAACAGCUAGCCCGCUGCUAACCGGGAAGUGACUGGUUCAGGUGGAACUCGGGCUCGAACCACAGGUGUGUUUUCUUCAGAGGACUCGGACAGAAGAAGAAGAAAAUGAGUGGAGGAGUGAACAGCAUUGAGGCCGUGAAGAAGAAGAUCAAAGUUCUGCAGGAGCAGGCGGAGGAGGCUGAGGAGAGAGCAGAGAGACUGCAGAAGGAGGUGGAGAAGGAGAAGAGGAGCAGAGAGGAGGCAGAGGCAGAGGUGACAUCUCUGGGUCGUCGUCUGCAGCUCAGUGAGGAGAAUCUUGACAGAGCUCAGGAGAGGCUGGCCACUGCCCUCCAUAAACUGGAUGAGGUGGAGAAAGCUGCCGACGAGAGUGAGAGAGGUAUGAAGGUGAUAGAGAACAGAGCUCUGAAGGACGAGGAGAAGAUGGAGCAUCUGGAGGUUCAGCUGAGAGAGGCCAAACAGAUUGCUGAAGAGGCUGAUCGGAAAUACGAGGAGGUGGCUCGUAAACUGGUGAUGGUGGAAGGAGAACUGGAACGAGCUGAAGACAGAGCUGAGCAAGCUGAGAGUAAGUGUCGAGUGUUGGAGGAGGAGCUGAAAACUGUCUUCACUAGUUCAAAGUCCCUGGAGGCCCAGGCUGAGAAGUAUUCUCAGAAGGAGGACAGGUAUGAAGAGGAAAUCAAGAACUUGAGCAGCAAACUCAAAGAGGCUGAGACCAGAGCAGAGUUUGCCGAGCGUUCAGUGGGCAAACUGGAGAAAACUAUCGACGACCUGGAAGAUGCUCUGACUUCGGCCAGAAAUGCUAACAUGGAGCUUCAGGCGACUCUGAAUCAGACCAUGGAAGAACUCAAUGCCUGCUGAAC